UGAUUAAAGGCUUAUUUCUCCAGACUGUAUCAUGUUUAACAAUAUAAUUUUUAUAAUUAUUAAAUUUCAUAAUUAAGCAUAUAAAUAUGUAAAACAUAUUUGGAUGAAAUUGAAUAAUUAAACUCGGUAUAGUUGCACUUUGUUCUGAAAUAUUACUUCAUUUAGAUAAUUCAAAACAGUUAAGAAAUGUAGUAAUAAUUAACACAUAAGUGGUACGUGACGGAACAGAAUGAUUAAAGUAAUUGACGUGUGCAAUGCGAAAGCAAUACGAAACACGCAUGCGAUGUGAAAGUAAACUUCAAGCUGAGAAGCAAGGAUUUCUUAUUUUAUUACAGUGAGAAAAUUAAAUCAACAUAAGUCUGAUCAUAUCGUUAUGGGUUAAUCGUAGAGAAUCCUUUUAGCGAGUUAACCUUCUUCGUAUCGAGUAAUCUUUGCAUAUACACAUUUGCUAUUUGUCAGUGUUUUAAGAUGGCGGACCUAAACGAGAAAUUGUUAGCAGAACUCCUCAAAAAGCCUGGGAAUAAUUUAUGUGCGGAUUGUGGGACAAAAAAUCCAGAAUGGGCUUCUUAUAACAUAGGGAUAUUUGUGUGCACAAGGUGCGCGGGUAUACAUAGAUCAAUGGGUGCACAUAUUUCUAAAGUUAAACAUUUAAAGCUGGACAGGUGGGAAGAUUCUCAAGUAAACAGAAUUAGAGAAGUGGGUAAUAUCGCAGCUAGGCUUCAUUAUGAAGAACGUGUACCUCCAUGUUAUCGCAGACCAAACCCAGAUGCACCACAAGUACUGGUAGAGCAAUGGAUAAGAGCGAAAUAUGAAAGGGAAGAGUUUUGUCAUCCAGAAAGGCAAAAUCAUUAUGUUUCAGGAUUUAUGGAAGGAUUUUUGAUGAAACGUGGUAAAGAAGAUUCGCGAUAUCAUCCUAGAAAAUUUGUUCUUUGUGAGGCAGAAGAUACUCUUAAGUAUCAUGUUAAAGAAAAUAAGGAACCCAAAGCUGUCCUUAGAAUAUCUGAAUUAAACGUAGCUUUUGCUCCUCCCAAAACUUGUAACCAAAACAGUCUACAAAUUUCUUUUAUGAAAGAUGGUACCACAAGACAUAUCUAUGUAUAUCAUGAGGACCCAGAAGUAAUCACAAAUUGGUAUUUGGCAAUACGAUGUGCCAAGCUACAUCGUUUGCAAGUUGCAUAUCCAGGAGCAACAGAGGCGGAAUUACUUUCACAACUAACUAGAGAUUUUCCACGUGAAGGAUUUUUAUGGAAAACUGGACCUAGAUAUACAGAUGCCUACAAGAAACGAUGGUUCACAUUAGAUGGACGAAAAUUGAUGUAUCAUGAUGAUCCCAUGGAUGCACAUCCAAAAGGUGAAAUUUUCUUGGGUCAUAGUUCAGAUGGUUUUGCAGUAAAACCAGGAGUACCUCCAGGUGCGAGAGAUCAGGGGUUUUCAUUUACUCUUGAAACGCCAGAUAGGACCUAUCUUCUUUCUGCUCAAAGUGAUGAUGAUAGAUCACAAUGGAUGAAUGUAAUUCAAAAAGUGAUAGAUAAACCGCUCACUCCGCAAGAUGCAACUGUGGCAGCACGUCUUAUAAGAAAACGCACAGCAAGUGGAACAAUGAAUAUAUUUUCUUCUACAAGGUAGGGCUGGAUCCCUCUUAGGUGCCUUUCCUAAUUGUUAAAAGUGAAUAUUAGAUGAACCAAUUAAGUUGUUCUAUUAAGACUGUUAAGGAAGUAGAUCAAUCGAUCCGAAUAGAUAAUGUUUUGUAAUCGCACAAUGCUAUCGAAUCCCGUACACAUAUUUAUUCAU